UUUGGAAGCGCAUUGAUAACUAAGAUUUUGGCAAUAUGGCAGCCUCCACGAAUGUCAUGCUGAACAAUCUGUGUGAUAAGAGUUUGACAUAUGAGGAUCUUGUCCUUCAUUUAAGAAGAUUUGAUGACUCUCAGAUAUUUAAUUUCACUAAGUCAAACCUUCAUGAUACAAUUGGGAAGAUGCACACAUUUCUCCAUACUGCCAGUAAUAGGACUCGCGGUUUGCUGAUUAUGACCAGUCUCAUCAACCAGUGUAAUGCUGAAGAUUUAAACCAGCACAUGUCUUCUUGGCUUAAAGUCAUCAUUCACAUAUUACAGUCGAAGGAGCCCCUUGUUGUUCUGAAGCUGACCUGUCAUGUGUGUUGUCAGAUCAUAAAAAUAUCACCCUGCCACAUAUCCAUGAAAAAGGCCAUGCAGACAUUUAUACCCCAGCUCAUUCCCCUGCUUCUGGGGGCUUCUUCUGAGUGGAGGAGACACUCUAUUGCAGUACUGAAUGCCUGUAUAACACACUAUGGAGGGGCCUGUGGACCAUUUAAGAGCAAAGUUGAAGAACUUGUCAAAAAGGAACUGCAGUCUGGCUCUCUGACCAAGGAGUCUGUGCUGUGUUUCUGUUUGUUGGCCUGCUGUGGCACCAGUGGUAAUCAGAGGGUCAAAUACACAGAAGGCUGGAGCUCACAGGUCUCUCACUUGUUAACAGACCUCCACAGUAUAACUGACCACAUCUACAGAGACCUACCCAACUCAGGUUUACCAAUGUCUGAUGUAGAUAGUAUCACAGAAUCCUUUGGGGCAGUGGAUCCAGUGACACAUUUCAAUAUUCUCAUGCAAUGUCUCCAGAAGAUGCUCAGGAAAUCUUUCCCUGCUCUGAUAAAGCUGCCAAUAGAGAGGAUUCUGCACUUUGUUGAUAAAGUUCUGUCUGUAGAUGAUGCCCAAUUAAAGAUAGUGAGUUUGAUGAACAGCUCUCUCCUAAUUCUCCACAGAGAUGCAGUUGAUGUUGUUGAUGCCUUGUAUGAGAGUUGUAAAAAAUUGAUGUUGCCAUACAACAAGAAAGUUAUUAGAGUGUUAACAAGAGAGCUGAUAUGGACUUCUUCUGACUCUGUAUACACCCAAGCUAAGCUACUCAGAGAGCUAAGACAGGCUGUAUACAGAGCUCUGGAGACCAUGAUGAAAUCUACUGGCUGCUUUCUGGAAACUGUGAGGGAGGAGGAUAAUCUGGUCCAGGAAAUACUAACUGACUGUAAACCACUGGAGUGUAAGAGUUCACUUAAAGUACAGAAUGUGGCAGAGCCUUCACCUGCCAAGAAAAAGAAAAUAAUGGUCAACACUGAUAAGGUGGUACCAAACACAGAGAUGCUGAACAGAGUAAUUAGUACCUGUACAGAAUGUGCUUUACAAGCAUUGUACUGGUGGACACUUGCAGCUGGUGUGAAAAUGAAGAGCAAAACUUUUCAGCGAGUGUGUGACUUCAUCAUCACAACAGCAUUGACUGUAUACAGAAGUGGACCUGGUGUGUUAUUUCCAUAUAACAACUGGAAAUGUAGACUCCGUCUUCUGAGGGUCCUACAGGCAUGUGUCAUGACCCCACACAAAGAAGGGUCAUCACCUGUACAGUGUGCAUUGGCCAUAUUCAAAAUAGCUGAGCAAGAUGACAAUCUACAAGUUUCCUCAUUUUGUAUAGAAGCACAAAGAGUUUGUGAGAUUCUGAUUCACCCUCGGGCUCCUUGUUUGACUGCCACACGAUAUGUGACUCAAGAGAAGGUAACUCCUCCAGUGUCUAACAGCAUACUGACAACAGGUGACAGUCAACAGCCCAACAGUCACACAGCUCUCUCAACUAAUCACAUUGAGUCUAACAGCAUACUAACAACAGGUGACAGUCAACAGUCAGGCAAUCACACAGCUCACUCAACCAAUCACACAGAAGAUUCAAGUCACCUAUCACUAAAUGUGGAAGAAAACACAGAUAUCAUUGAGAACAUGGAAACUGGAAGGGAUGAAGAGAACCAAGGAAUUCUGAGUGAAAUGGACAAGGACUUAUCUUGUGUGGAGGUCAUUAAUACUUCCCAAAAUCAAGAAAGACAAAAAGAGGUCAUAGAGACACCUCAGCCCUCACUCGGUCAACAGGUGGAGGCAUCAAACAGAAUGCUGGAGACUCGAGAGUGUGGGGAUUCAAUAGAACCUACAGAGGGCUUACAUGGACCUGUGGAAAGUGUUAGUCUGGAAAUAAUUGAAAACAAGGAGCAGAGUUCUGAGCCCAUUAUAGAACACAAAGAAAUGCAUUCAACCAAUGACAGCAAAGGUGAACCAGUGGAAAAACUUGAUUUUCCUCUUGGUGACAGUGAUAUCACAAGCAAAGCUGAUAUCCAGGAUACUGUAGACAAUGUAGACAAAGCUGAUAUCCAGGAUACUGUAGACAAAGCUGAUAUCCAGGAUACUGUAGACACUGUAGACAAAGCUGAUAUCCAGGAUACUAUAGACACUGAUGAUAAUACAGACAAAUUGAAGAGUGGUGAACUGGAAGACAUGUUAAUGACAUUUGCAGAUGUGGACCCAGAGUAACCCAGUUAUGGCAUUCCCAUUAUGUCCAUGUUUGUUCAAUGAUCAAUAAAGAGAUAUUAA